AUGGCUUUCAAUUUCAACUGGUCGCCGUUAACGGCAGAUGCGGAUUUCUACAAGAGGGCACAAGAGAUGCUAACAACCGCACUGAAUAAAUCGCCGAAGCCUCCGAUCAUCGUCGACGACAUUCUGGUUAAUGAGCUGAACCUUGGGAGCGUACCUCCGGAGCUAGAAAUAUUGGAGAUUGGAGAUUUGGCAGAAGAUAGGUUUCGGGGCAUUUUCAAGAUGUGCUAUUCUGGAGAUGCCUUCCUGACCCUCAAAACAAGAGUCCAAGCGAACCCCUUGAACACUUAUCUCUACUCCAAGCCAUCCUUUACGUCACCCCAGCCUCUGGCAGCUUCCUCUGGCUUGACGAUCCCUUUGCAAAUUACGUUAUCCGAAAUCAAAUUGUCGGCAUUCAUCAUAUUAGUCUUCUCGCGACAAAAAGGACUUACCCUGGUUUUCCGCAAUGAUCCCCUCGAAUCGCUCAAAGUGUCGUCGACAUUCGACUCGAUACCUUUUGUUCGGGAUUACUUGCAGAAGGAAAUUGAGAAGCAGUUGCGCAAUUUGAUGAUGGACGAAUUGCCUGCGAUCAUUCACAAGCUCUCAUUGAGAUUAUGGUGUCCGGAAUACAAGGCCAGAGAAGCAGAAGAACUGGCACAAGCCGAGAAAUUGGAAAAGGAAGAGGUUGUGGAUCCUUUUGGAAGCCCUCCACAAGAUGCAGUUGACUCGAGAGGGAAUGUCUUGGAUGCUAGCGAGAUAUCAUCGUUAUCGCUUGAUGGUGGCUCGGAGAUCCAUUCAUUGUUCUCUCAGAAGAACCUGCUUCGCUUGGCUGCUCUUACGGACUCACAUCGAACUCUUUCUCUAUUCACACCUUCUAUUCGAGAUGCAGUAUUCAGAGCUUGGGCAGGUCCAUCAGAACGGAACGAGAGUGCUGGUAGUUCUACUCCAGCUACACCAAGUUUGAUCCGAUCCCACUCUUCAAUAGGAAGCACCAGCACGACUUAUACAUUUACAAACAAGGGAUCAGAUGAUGGUAAUGGACUGCCGUCUAGACCUUCGCUUGUCAGCAUGCAUUCGGCAACAACUGGCCUUGCUCUUGGUGCAGGUCGACAUCCACGAUCGCAUCUACGCAAGAAGAAGACUCGUGUUGUGAACUUGAGGAAACCAAAGACUACCGAUGAUAUCAGUGACUUUGGUGAUAGUGAGACGGCAUCACUUGUGGCAGCAUCCGAGCCUGCUAUCCCAACUCAAAUUCCCGAGGAACCAGAAGACAAUAUCAUCGAUCCUCCCCACUCUCCUUCACAGAGAGUACGCUUCCGCACUAAUAGCAUUGACUUGGGUGACUCGCCGAGGAGAUCUCGACCAUCUUUUCCUCGUCCUGCACUCAGUGGCGCAUUCCCCGAACAAGUCAUUAUUGACUCUCCACAAGAAAGGGCCGAGCAAACAGCUCCCAUCUUCAGCCGUGAACACAGACCUACAUACAAUCGAUCAAACUUCGCUCCUUAUCCACUGGAGAAGGCUUCUUCAGCUGCCCUUCAACCUGCACCAUUCUUGUCUGAAAACCCCUCUGCAGCAGGUGGUAUCUUGGAACAAGCUUGGGUCUUGAAGAUGGCAGGUGAGAUUGCCCGCCGUGCACACGAUGAGAAGACAGCUCGUGAAGGAUUCUGGUCUCAAUCACAAAGCGAGAGAGAAGAUUCUCCUCCACCAGCAUAUGAGGCGAAAGCCCAGUAA